AUGCCGAAGGGGUUCAAGUCCAUCUUCGCCAUCUUGUCUGAUAAGCUUACUACCACCGGAGGCCGUGCAACCAUUAAGCUCAAGCUCGAUGCGCCUUGUUCCUACUCGUGGCACGCCGAAUUUUUUAGUACAUGCACAUCAUCCUUCAAUCCACGGGGAGUAAAUCUAGAUUCUGAGCUCUAUUUAAGAAAGGGAAACUUGUACGGAGCUCUGGGGAUGCUCUAGCACGGACAACCAGAUCGAUCUCUCAGAAAACGUCGUGGGGUUGGGGGCAUUUCGAGUCUACGAGGCGCGAGAGGCGUAGGGUGGUCCGUCUGACGACGCCACAUGCGGCGGAUCCCCGAACACGGGGUCAAAGGGGACGGUUCUUAUCCUCCCCUGUGCGCCUCCUAUCUUUUUUAUUUAAUCUCUUUUUGUUUUUUUUUUUUAUUUUUCCAAAUACAACACAACGAGUCCAUCUCCGUCAGAGAAAAGAGUCAAAGACAGAUUAGCAAUGGAAUCAUAGCGUCAAAGAAAACUACCUGUUGUGUGUCCACGAUUUCCCAGACAGCAUAUAUGGACAUCUCCCCUGCGGAUAACAGGCUCAACAAGACAGUUUGGUAGCUGUGUUGUGUGUCUUAUAUAUGUUAUGUUGGGAAGGUGUAGACGAAAAGUGUUGGGCUGUUAGUUAGUCGGGUGUUUUAUGUGUGGCACCCUGUUGGUUGUGGAUCUCCAUCCAUUUUACACGUGUAUUUCCAGUUUGGUAUGCAUUUAACGCGAGGAAUAUGAUUUGGUAAGUAAUUGAGUUUGGUAUGCAUAUGCAUGCAUCUGUGUCAAAUUGUGCGGCACACGGGAGUGGUCUCCCAGUUUUGUGUAAUUUCAUGCCCAUAAAUGUGCGAAGGGCACGGGAGAACAUUCUUUCAUCAUUGCCUCCUGACGUGGUCGGUCGUAGGUAAGGCGUGUGGUUGAGGUUCCAUCACCGAUAUGUGGGUGUUCGUGUGUUCAAAUGUAAUGGGUUGGUCAUCUCUCUCGUCCGUGUGUAGGCAGGGAGUAUGGUUAUAUCUCUCCCCUCAGUGGGCAGCACAGACCAUAUGUAAAGAAGAGUUGAUCAUUUCGUGCAUAAUACAUCAUUUAUGUUUGGCACGACAGGAGGAAUGAGAUUUAGUUGUUCUGACAUUUUGACGGUGUACGUGGGUACGGAAAGUACUCCCUGUGUCCGUGAUGUUCCCUGAUGUUGUCGCAUCGAGUGGCAGCAUGUGCCAAGGACAGGUAGACGUGGAAGGACGGCGACAGGUGAAGGGCAGCAGUAGUAGUGUGUUGUGCAUGGUGGCUUGUUGGCUUGUACAGAGACUUUUGUUUGUAUCAUGUAUCCCUUUGGCAUGCACGAUGCGGCGGGACUUCGCAUGGUACGUCAGACGUCAGACCAGACGUUUCCGAGACACGUCAAGUAUGAAGUUUCAAGUUUUCACGAACGCAACGAAGCUGACUUGCCGCUCAUAAAGCUAGAGUACCAAGCCGACGACAUGGAAGACGGAGAAGAAGAUCUCGCGGUGUUGAUGCUGCGCAACCGCACGGCGUUCGAGAAGCUGGCGGGCCACUCACCAAACGAUGAAAAGCCUUCAGGUGGCAGCCCUACCAGAAGAAAACAUUUAAGCGGAGGAUGUGAUGGCGUCGUCGACGAAAUCGAUAGCAAGAAGCCGAAGGUCGAAGACUCGAAGGAAGAUAUAACUUCGGCGGGUAGACCCGAAGAAGGUUCCACUUGAAGGCUGUGCCUUGGACCGUUAUCCUGCGCUCCAGGGAGCCUGCGCCCGGAAACAAUUGUGAUUCCAUGGGCACGAUUGUACGUAAAUAAGGAGAAUAGGUACACCAGUCGGAAUCUCGUUUCUGCGUCAUCGCGUGCGAGAGACAACACGAGUAUCCUGGCAUGAUUGUUUUUCGAUGAAUGCACCCCGCCACGGCUCCUCUGGCCUCUGCUACUACUGCUGUUUUGUGAAGCAAUGAAUGCGUGUUUUGUUCAUGGCGCGAGUGGCGCUGCUCCGCCCGUCGAUAUUCUUCUGCAAUGGCGGCAUUGACGG